AUGACGGACAGAGUAACCAUUGAGCUAAAAAACAAGCCAAAUAAUGGCCCUCCAUAUACUUGUGACUACCAAGCAAAUACUACCGGAGGUGGUAAAAGUGUUACCAUUUCUGUCACAAGGCAUGAAGACUCUCCUGGCUUCUACAGGUAUACCCAUGAAAAUUCAACUAAGGAUUCUUAUGGGAAAAGUUUACCAUUCAGACUAAAGGAAAUCCAGGAUGAGAAUGGGAAGAUAGGUGGAGUUAGAGAAUCUCAAGAUGAUAAGGAGGUAACCUCAGUUGAAGCAUAUUACUGGAGGCAUGAGAAUGGCGGUGGUCAGACACCCACGAAAGUUCUCUUGGUAGGAGUUACCGCUGCUGGAUCAGAUGGAACUAAGUAUUAUGUCAGGAGUAGUGGUAAGGAAUGGGUUGAAAAACGACUAAAUGGUGACCUAGAGAAAAUUCUGGACGAACAAAACUGUUACAGUAACGAUGCGAUAACCUUAGAUCUUAGCAGGAAUAAUUCCGAGCAACCUAAGUAUGGUAAAGGGUACUGUUGUGAUGAUCAUAAGAAUAGUCCCAGGGUCACUGUGGAGGAAAUACCAGUUAGCCAUAAACAUCAUAAUCACGGAAGGUCCGCUAAAUUCUAUAAGCACACCAUUGGUCCUACUUCAAAAUUAGCUGGUAUUAAAUACAAUGAGGGCGGUAGUUCUGAUCCAAAGAAUAGGAAGCGUGUAACUUUAAAUGGACAACCAUUUCCUAUUCCAAAUGUAAAGAAUGUCUAUGCAUUAUACUCCGGUGAGAGUAAGGAACCUAAGCUUAUAUAUGUCAAUAGUACUGGGGGUUCAGGUGUUUCAGGAUGGUUUAAGAAAGGGAGUGGUACUAAUGGAAACUGGGAGAAGGCCGAGAAACUCAACAGCAUAACACCCGAGAACUUUAGAGACCUUGACUGUAACAAUUGGAAGGCACUCAAAGAAGAACUUAAUCAUGAUACUUCGGACUUGGAAGAAUGCCAAGAAUCCAAACAACAACUAGAACAAAGACAACAAGAAGCACAACGUUCUGGAGGUGAAGAAUCUGAAGGACAAGGAUAUAAAGCUGAUGCUGGUGGCAAAGAAGCUAGAGCUCAAGAACAAGGUACUUCUCCUAAAAAGCCCGAUCCUAAUGAUAAAGCUAAAGGCCCCGGUGAUACCGCUCCUGGACUUUCUGGAUCUGCUGUUGAUGAAGCUAGUGGUAAUGCUGAUGGAGAUUCUCAUUCUGAAGGUACUCAAUCUCCUGCUGCUAAAGAAUCUGCUUCUGAACCUCAAGCUCGUUCUGGUGCUGAAGCUGGAACUGCUCUUCCUCAUGGCCAAGGAAAUUCUCCUGGUCAAAACCCUUCUUUUUGGGAUAAGCCUGAAAAAUCUAUUCCUACUGUCUUGACCGGUGUUGGCGUUGUAUCUGGAUUAGUUGGUCUCGCGGGAUUCAAAUACUAUAAGAGUCAUAAUGGAGACCCAUGGGUUAGACAGAUAUCCUAG